UUGGUAACCUGAUUCAUAACCCUAAACCGUUUUCACAAAUAAUUAAAAACAUCGCAAAGUUGCCAUUUCCACGUGGUGUAAUAUGAUAUGAGUAAAACAUAAUAAACACACUGCUGCGACUUACAGUAAACUGAAAACCAUGGCAUCCACGUCUUUAGCAGAACAACUGCAAAAACUUGCAGCACCACAAUCUUCUAUUUACAAAGACGAGAAAAAGAAAGCAUCGUUAUUAUUUGACCCGAAAGAAGCCGCCCUUAAAGACCGGGAAACUUUCUAUGAAAUAGGUGUUAGCGGCCUUAAGGAAUUGACAGCAUUAUUCGAAGGUUUUCGUGUAUACGAAGAUUCUUUAUUCAGUGUUUCUUCAAAGGAUUUCGAAAGGGCCGUACAAACUAAAGAGGUGAAUCAUAAUUUAGAUCAAACAAUCGAAAAGUUUCUAUUACAACUGUCACCAUAUUUCCUUCUGCAGUCAUCGCAUAAAGCUCUCGAAUGGCUUGUCAAUCGAUACCACAUCCAUGAAUAUAAUCAAGAUGCGAUCAUGAUGCUUAUACUACCAUACCAUGAAACUAAAAUUUUUGUAAGAUUCCUCCAAUUGUUGGCUAUUAAAUCAAAAUCAAGUAAAUGGAACUGGUUAAGAUCCGUUCAAAAGAAAGGUGUCCCACUAACAAAACAAACAUUGCACAAUCAAUGUAUUUCUAAUACAGGUACUCUGCAGUUUAUUGCUAAAAUGGUUUUGAAAUACGUAAAAAUCUAUGGAGAAAGAGCUACACAGUUGAAUACUGUGUUUGGAUUUUUUGCAAUCACAGCAUUUGGUGUUAUUGAUGCAAUGAAAUCUGUAAAUGAAGCUGUCAUUAAUGCUUUAUUACCAACUAUGAUGAAAGGUUUAGAAUCAAAUGUACGUGAUUUCCGAUCCGUUGCAUACGCUAUAUAUGGCAUCAUAUGUACUUACUCGACAUUGAGGAAAAAAUCUCUAAAUGAAAUUUUAGAGUCCUUGCUCUCAACUGAUGAUGAUUUGAGCUAUGAAUCAGUUAUAUUGAUUGUACUGACUUUUAAAUACCAGAAACAUCUAACAAAAGUGUCUGCGGAACUGCUUAAUAAUAUAUCAGGAAAUGUUAUGAGCAAGUUAUGUAAACAUUUACAAUUCAUAGUGGCAAAUAAAGUUAGUAAUAUACAAUCAUUUGUGUUGGCAUUCCUUUCACGAGUUUUACCAACUAUUCAAAAAGAUAUUGAAGAGUUUAAGAGAUUCUCUGAACUACCGGAAAUAUUAAUAGAUGAAGUGGACCUAAAAGAUGAGGAUCCUGAAACAAUUAUUAGAUGUGUAUUGACAGCUUUCAAACCGCAACAAAACACCCGACCAAGUGUUGACAAUGAAAGUGACAUUGAAAUAAUUGACGAAGAUGUCGACAUGAAUCCAAGUAUUUUUAACUGGUAUUCUGUUUUCCUUAAGAAUAUUGAACGCAAAUAUCCGGAGAGUUUUGACAAAGUUGUCAAAAGUAUUAUGAGCUCUGACAGUGAUAUUUCAACUGUAAGGCGGUCACAGUUAUCAAAAUUGUUAGGCUUCAAACCUGCGGUUGCUCACAAAAUUAGUGGAGCGUAUUUGUUUGAAAACUUAAACCAUGUCAACCCUGAACUACGAACCGAAGCUGUCAAUUAUAUCGCAAAAGAAUUCCAGGCUUUGAAAGUAGAGAACAUUGAUUUUGUUAAAGAAUCGAUAGUAAAUAGACUAAAUGAUGACAAUUCUGAUGUGGUUUUGGCUACUUUAGAUAUUUCUAAUGAAUAUCUAAGAGAAGUAUUAAAUGAUAUUGAUUUAACAAAUACAUUUGUUAAUAUAAUAGCAAAGAAAAGUAAAAAGUGGAAUAAUGUGACAGAGAAAGCUAUAGUGAAAUUUUGCGCAUUAGAUUCAAUGCCUGUUAAUCAAGAGACAGUGCUGGCUUUGAUGCCAUAUUUGUUUCAGAAUGAUGAAAAAUCCGCAGAAAUUACAUGGAAAAUUCUUACUUCACCGUGGGGUAAAAAGUUUGGACUUAUUAAUAAAAUUAAAGGGGCCAAUAAUUCAAUAUCCGAUAAUGUUGGAGUCUUAAACCAGUUAAUUUACAAAGUGUUAUUUGUUGAUAAGGCAAUAUCAUUUGAUAGUUAUUUAGAUAUCAAUCUUAUAAAUCCAGAUAAUACUCUUGAUGUCUAUUUAUAUAUGCUUUUAAAAUCCUGUUCAUUUAAAACUGCACCAAUCGAUGAUUUAAUGAAGACACUUAAGAUGUUACUAAAAACUGUAGAGACAAGAAUUAUAGUACCAACAUCACAAAGAACAAAAUUCUCUUCAGAAAUUAUUCCGGAAUUUAUAAAAAUUUCUAAACAGAACAAAAUUGUAUUUGAAGUUAUGGAAUAUAUUUUUAAGAGAUUCAUUGAAGAGUUAAAUGUCAAGGCUAUCUCGAAACCGUGGUGCAACGUCUGUAAAACUCCUGAAACUGUUUUCGUGAGGAAACUUUAUGAAUUAUUCAUAACUGGUUGUGGUAUACCAACUUAUGGUGACAAUUAUGUCCUUCUACUAAAGAUGUUAUUAGGGAAAUUGUUUGAUAACCCAAAAGAUAAAUUCCAUUUCGUAGCCAAUAUUGCUUGCGGUCAUAUCCUUUUUGCAACGGAUCCAGAAGACGUAAUCAAUCCUGAACUUCAACUGAGAAGUCUAAAAUUACUUAUUAACUACAUAACUAUAGAAGGAAAUUCUAAAUGGAUAUAUGAUUCUGAUGUACUAAUAGUGACAAUACUAUUCAAUUUAAACAAUCCACUAACUGCGAUACGAGAAUGUGUUAUUGAUUUGUUAAAUAAAAUGCUGAGAUACAAUCCUGAUAAGAAUUUAAUAUAUGUGCAAUUAAUAAAAGAACUUCUCGAACAUAAGGAUGAAUUGCUACUAGAUCCUGAGCAAAUUCCACAUGUGUUAAAAACUAUUUUAACUCUUCAGACACCAGGAAACAAGAUGUUCAGAAAGAAUUGUCUAUUAAAACUGACAAGCAUCCUAAUCGCCGAUACACCAUCUUAUGUCAAAUGUAAUUUGGUAAAAAUACUAGCCAGUGUUAACAAUGUUAAUAGUUUCCCAAAUUUGAUUCCAUCAUUGAAUUCGUUAGAGAAAGUUUUGAAACAGACAGAUCAGAAAAUGAUGUUCGAUAUAUAUGAAUCUAAUCUCUUCAGGUUAGUCUACAGUUUUAUUAAUGAAGCAACUGUGAGUACUUUUGCAAAGGAACAAAUAUGGAAGUCUAUCGAAAUUGGUUUAAAAGAAUAUAGACAAUGUAUCUUAGAUGAAAAUCAAGCAUUAACAAGUCCAUGCAUGUUGAUUAUGAAGGAAUUCGAUGAAAACGUUUUUAAAAAGUUCCCUGAAGAAAAAACUAAAGAUUUUAUACUUCUUGUGGCGUCUGCUGGUGCUUUCAGUGGGAAUCCCAACAUUUCAUCCUCUGCAUCGAAGUUGAUGAAAAAAAUCCACCUGGAAUUCGCCGAUUUCAAGCCAAUUUUCGAAAGAAUGUUAAAUGCUGUAGACCCAGCUGCUAGUGUAUCUAAAAAGAAGAAAGUUUCAGUGCCUAUGUUGUCUUAUCAAUUGGUGGAAACAGAAGAAUGGAGACUCGGCGUUACGAUGUUAGAAUACGUGCAGAACAAGAAGAAAAUGUCCGUCGACAAUUCGUUCGUUGCUAUUCUGUUCCAAUUGCUCCACAAAUGUUUGCGUUUCGAGGAGCAAUCUUACGUCGAAUAUACAAAACAACUAAUUUUAUCUUCUCUAUGGUAUUAUUGCAAGAAGUUUAUCAAUGAUUCGGAUAAGGACCAACAAAACUCUCUGAAGAGUAUAUUUGACGUGGAAUUGGUUGUCCAGUGCAUCAGAGGGACGCAGAACCCUCAAACACAACACCACGCUUUGAUUCUACUCUCGCAUGCGGCGUACAUGUUGCCAGAACAAGUGCUCCACCACACGAUGGAGAUAUUUACAUUUAUGGGAUCGUCGGUAUUGAGGCAUGACGACGCUUACAGUUUCCAAAUAAUAACAAAGAUCAUUGAAACUUUGAUACCGAUUAUAGUAAAACUGGAUAAAGAUAUCGAUGAUUAUUCAGACAAGGAAGUACAGCAAUUGCAAAAGCGUGUCGUUCCAGUCUUACGUAUAUUUGCCGAUGUCGUUUUACACGUCCCUGAACACCGGAGACUACCCAUGUACAAGAAGUUAAUAGACACUCUCGGAUCCAGUCAAUUCUUGUGGGUGUUCCUUGCAUUGUUACUAGAGACACAUAUAGCUCAUUUCAACGAGAAUAAGAAAAAAGAUAAGGUGUCGCAAAGAACUUUAGCAGAUCAGGAAUCUCCAAUAACUAGACUCGAUUUCGGACAAAGUAUAUUGCUAGAAUUUCCUCCUGAAGUGUGUUUGGAGAAUUUUAUCAAGCUUAUGGUUUAUAUCAAAUCUUUGCCGGUUCAAAAAGACGAGAACUCUAUGGAAACUGAUGUUGAUCCUGGUGAUAUAUUCAGUGUGAACGGUCAUACGCCAAUACAGUUACGUCAUUACAAGUAUGUAAUUAUCACAUUCAUGAACACAUGCUUAGCUUCCUCAAGAUUCAUUCAACAUAACAGCCAAGCGACAGAUGAUAAAGUUAUGGAAGAGCGAUACAAGUCAUUCAUAAUAAACAUUUUGACAUUCAUUCAGACUAUUUCUAAAAUAACAGACGAAAAGGCGGCAAAAUAUUGGCGCGUGAUGCUUCAUCAUAGUUACGAUUUGUUGGAUCAUACCAAUAACCUACUAUCAGCUCCUAUGUUCUUGUCCGUUGUCCGAGGACUACUGAAGUACACAUUGCAGACAGUGCGAAGAAAGUCGAUGGAAUUAUUAAAUUCGAAGAUACAAUUCAGUCCAGAAAUGUUUGUUGGUGUUGACAAGGAGUUGUUGUUUUCUUUACUACCAGCUUUACUGGAUAUAGUUAAAACUAUUGACACGAAAGAUGAUUCGUUGAGCGAAAUCGCCGCUCAAGAAUUGGAAUUAAACCAACAGACGGCGUUGCUGUCUUUGAAAUUGCUCGCUAGGAUGCUGGCCGCGGAUAAUCCUGAGCCAUUUAAACCGGUAUUGGAAAUUGUAACAGAUUACACUUGCAAUCCAAGCAUCAGUAGCAACGUGAUGGCGUCAGUUGUUCUUUGUUUGGCUGAAUUGUGUGGAAACCUUAAAGCGCACGCUCUAGCAAGCCUUCGUAAAUUCAUGCCGGCACUUAUAAAAGUAUUGAAGAAGCAGCGAAAAUCAGAUGUCCAAGAACUGGUGCUACUAAGUACGGUGACUGCGAUUUCCAAGAUCGUGGAAAGUCUACCAUUAUUCUUAAGCCCGUAUUUGUUGAAGAUUUUGUACGAGUACUCGAUUCUAUAUGCAAAGUGGGAAGGUUGCGAUCAGGAAUGCACGAAAGUGUCAACCAUUGUGUCUAAACUUGGUAAUAUCAAGAAGAAGAUAGCCAGUUCUAUACCGCCUAGGGUUUUGAUACCGAUCGCAAACGCGGCUUAUAAUAUUAUCGUUGAAAAGGAGAACUACAACGCGGUUGCUCCUGUGAUGUCAGUUUUGGCGGAUUCUUUCGGAAAUGUCACCGCAGCAGAUUUUUCAGCGCUCCAGCAAGAUUUGACGUCAUUCUUCCUAUCGGCGUUACAGUUGCGAAGUGACGUAGUGGACAAGGAAGCAGACGAUGACGUCAUCGACAAGGCUGAAGACGAAGUCGUCAAUGCAUUAGUGAGUUUAGUCCUCAAACUUUCCGAGACCAACUUCAGACCAUUCUAUUUCAAGAUAUAUGACUGGGCAGUAAGGACUAAUAUUGACGGUCAUAAAGACAGAACUAUUACGUUUUAUAGACUCAGCAGCGCUAUAGCUGACAAAUUGAAGGGCCUUUUUGUUUUAUUUGCUGGUCACUUCAUUAAAAAUGCUGCAGAGUUACUCGACGCGUGCAAUAACAGUAAAAAUGAAGAAUUGUUCUUUGAUUCCGAAGACAAAUGUACCAGUCUUGUCAACUAUAUUAUAAAAACUCUACACGUUGUGUUCCUCUAUGACAGCCAAAACUUUAUGAAUAAAGAUAGAUUUGAGACUCUAAUGCAACCAGUGGUAGAUCAAUUAGAGAACACUAUCGGAGGUAUUGACAACCUUAAGUCGAGGGCAGCAGAGUCGAUAAUACCUUGUAUAGCUCAGUUUGCGGUGGCUACAGCCGAUGACUCUCUAUGGAAGCUCUUGAACUAUCAAGUUUUAUUGAAAACAAGACAUAAUGAGGCUGAGAUCAGGUUGACGGCGUUAGACUGCCUCGUUGCUAUGGCAACUCAGCUAGGCAGCAGCUGGUUGCCCUUGCUCGCGGAGAGUGUGCCAUUCUUAGCAGAAUUGCUGGAGGAUGGCGACCCCAAGAUAGAAACAUCCACUAAAGAGGCGAUAAGAAAGCUGGAACAAAUAUUAGGGGAACCCCUCGAGAAAUAUUUCUAAGAUUAAAUCAGUUUAAUAUGUUUUAAGUUAACUGUUUUGUAUUUUAUGUAAUUUGUAAAACUUCCGAAUUACACAAAUUAAAUUUAA